CAUUGACUGAUGAAGACGCUAUAUCAUGCUUACAUCAAUCGAGGCUAUAAAAUACAGUCCAUUAGUUCGAGCGUGUUAGUAUAAUAAUUAUACUAACACACUACUAAAUCUCCACGGAAGAAACAAAACUCACUCCUCCUGAUCUUUUAGCGUUGUUAUAUAUACGCUAGCUCACAGUUGGAGAUCAAAACACUGCCAGCAUUGUUAUUGAGGUUUGGAGGAGCUGUCAGUGAGAGUCAUGGCUGGUGUGAGCAUUGCUUGGUUGACAGUAUGUCUCGUAGUUCUAACACACACUGCGGACGUAGGUUUUGCACAGCUUGCUACGUGUUACAGUACAGAUAACUUCAGCUGUUCUGGCUCAUCAAAUGAAAUGCGGUCAUCUGGUCAGGUGUGCUGUGACGAGGGAUUCCUGUCCUUCAUGGAAGCUGGUAGAGACGUCUGUGAGCUCUGCUCAGGCAAUGUGAUUUGCUCGGCUAACGCUGGCUGCACUGAUUUAUUUGAUGCCAGUCAAGCUCAGGGUCGUGGCGAGUGUUGUGCUACUGGUGGAGGAGUGGCUUACACAGACAGUGCAGGAAUAUGUGUACAAUGUCCCACGUCCAUCACCGGUUGCUUCACUGAGAACCAGUGUAGUGGAGACACCAUCCCCCUCACCUCGACUGAGUCAGCUGCUGCUCAAGUCAGAGAGUGCUGUGUCAGCACUGCUGGACUCUCCUACAACCUUCUGGGACAAUGCAUCGACUGUGUCGUGUACGGAUUUCUACAAACGAGUCUUAACGAGGCUGAGAGGGGGCAGGGCUACCCGGUGGGGAUUGGGUACAUCAAACGACCCCCCACAGUCACCGCCCUCCUCAGGGGGGACAUCUCCGUAGAUGCUGGUGGCACCGCAACACUCAACAACGACUUCUUUCUUAGUUCUACGGUAUUCACCGCUCGACCCAACGUCCCUGGAGAGAUUAUCAUCACGUAUAGAGUAGACAGUAUCGCUCAGGAGUUUGCUGAGAUGGCAAGACUCCGCCUAUCUCUGAUGUUUGCCCCGCCCCCUGGUUCGCUGGUGCAGGACACACUUGAUCUGGUCAUUCAGGACAGUGACACCGUGAAAUUCCAACUGACGGAGACCGACUAUGAAUCGAUUGAAAGUAUUUUGAGAAUCAAUGCGGCGGUUAGCAAGAACCUGAGAAUUGCCAACCCAGUCACCUUCCUACUGACACCCCUCACCAUCGACCAGGCCGUCUCUGGAGGCGUGGCACUUCCUGCAUCUUUACCGCCAGAUGAUAAUCCAUUCUCUCCCAAUCGUGCUAAAACGUCUCCUGAAGAUUGUCGUGACUUCUCCUCUGAUGUAAUCUCAGUGAGGUUUGAAUCAGACGAGAUCGGUCUCCAAGUGAGCGAUGUCCCCGUUCCGGUACCAAUCACAGACGAUACAAUCAACGAGGCGGGAGAGGAGUUAUUUGUAGUCCACCUCACAUUAGGGGAAUCCAUGAAUGCAGGGGGUGUUAAUAUCGAAAGGGAGGUCUCUCUCUGUAGGAUCACUGAUAAUGACGUUAUCCAGAUUGGGUUCCAAAGAGCGACGUACAAUUUCCCAGAGCCACAAUUUGAGACCGAGAUCUUCGGAGAAGUGUUUAUUGAGAAACAAGAUGGUCGCAUCACGGAACAGACAUUUCCCGUCGUAUUUGAAGUGAGAAUGGCCACACCCAACCCAACAAUUCAAACUGCAUCACUAUCGACUGUAGUGGAUGGCGUUGUUAUUGACAACGACUAUGUGGUUGACACGCCCGAUCGAGUUUUCAUCGUACGAGAAUUUCCACCAGGCGAGCAAACUUUGGAGUUCUCGUUCACCCUCUUCCCUGAUGAUUUCCCCGAGGGCACGGAAGCAUUCCAGGCCAGUGCACAGCCGUCAGAGGAUCCGAUUAGCCCAGCUUUCUUAGCCCCCUCCGCUGGAGUACUGUUUGCCUCAACCUUUAUCAUCAUUGAAGACGACGAUGAUGUGGCUCUUGGAUUUGAGCAGAACUAUACAGUGAGUGAGGGUGUUGGUUCAUUUCAAGCGUGUUUCCGAGUGUUCAACCCCCCUGACAACCAAGAGCUCACUCUCAGCCUGGACCUAGUGGUCGAUACAAUUGAAGGAUCUGCAGGUGAACUUGAUUACACGGCUAUCAGAUCCAGUAACCUUGAUGUUUUUCGAACUCUCGAUGGUCCUCAAAGAAGAGCUUGUUUUGAUGUCUCCAUUACGGAUGAUCUGUUACCUGAAGACACUGAAACAUUCUCUCUGUCUCUGUCAUUGGAUGUCUUUGUUGACCAGGCGGUGAGGGAUCAGGUUGCCAUAGAGCCCAGUCAAGUAUACGUGGACAUCCUGGACAAUGAUUUUGCCACGGUGAGGUUUGAGCGUCCCACCUACACGUUUAGCGAGGACUCUGGCACCGGGGAUGUGUGUCUUAUCAAGGAUCUGGCCACCUCUGAUAGCGUCACGGUGCAGGUCACUACUACCAACGGAACAGCCACUGAUGGUUUAGACUACACUGGAGGGCCCUUCGACGUCACCUUCACCACAGCUGCCAAUGACAGACAAUGCAUCACUAUUGGUAUCACACCUGACACCAUCAGUGAGACUUCCGAGAGCUUUACCGCUGAUAUUGUGAUCACCCCGGGUAGCGGAGUGACGGAAGGAAACCCAUCCACUGCCACUAUCACUAUUACAGACUUUGGUACACUAGUCAACGACUCUGCUAUUGGUGACCCUCUCAUGACCGUCCCUAUCAGAGUGUCACAAGCAGACCUGGGUGCUCUAGGAACAGAUCAAGUAUCUCUCUGCUACGAGAUCCACGGAGCUGCAGAUGAAUACUUCAACCUGGUUACUGAUGAAUGCAUUAGCGUCAACGCACACUAUGCAGCUUUCGGCUCUCUAAACGUCAUCAGUCAAAUCGCUGUGCGUGCCGUGGACGAUAAUAGUCUGUGUAAAGAUAUUCUGGUUGACGUUGUCGGGUGUACUGCUUCUGUGGGUGGUGCCCCUCUCGGUGCGACCGGUCAAUACAUGAGUAAUAGUAUUUCCGUACGUCACUAUCUCAACCGAGUUCGUAUCUCCGUGCCUAACUGUGACGAGUUGACUGUUGUGAUGUGGGUAUUCUGUGAGUCUCGUACUAUGGAUGAUCAUACGGUACCAGGAGGACACGUAACUGCCGAUAUAAUCAAGUUUGUCGUUAUGAGAGGUCUUAACUUUGGGCACAGAUACGCCCAUGGUCUGAUCGGUCAAUUCUGGAAUCGUGAGGUUAGUGUCACCCCCUUCAUUGGUGUGGACAGAAACAACAAUCUCGUCCCCAACCGUUACGUCAUCAGUCUGAGCAGCCCCACCUCCGGAAAGGUUCGAUCCUUCACCGGCUACUAUUAUGACCUCACCUGGGAGUUCGAGGAUGGUCCUUGCCUGUACGCCGGAAACAGACAGGCUGGUCCAAUAUACGAGAUACAAGAUCCCAAUGAUCCAGUAAUUGAGGGACGAUACAUGGAGUAUGUAGUGGAUAGUGCAUUCAGUGAAAGUGGCUAUUUUUAUGGUCUCUUUAACGAGGAUAAAUGUGUUAAUUGAACUUGAUGUUUAAGUCCAGAACGUUUCUUGAUAAUUAUAGUUAUUAUCUGUGUAUUGUUUAUAUUAUUAUGCUGCUUUUC